GCAGAUGCCGCCUCAAAUGUAGGUAGCCUGGAGUCCAGCGGCCUCUACUCCUAGGAAGUGAGGACAUGGUAGGGGGAGCCGCAUGUCAAGCCCCAAGGGGCUUGCCAUUCGGUGGGGGGGGUAGCAAGCGAACAACCCCACCCCCACCAGCACACCUCGUUGUCGGCCCUGAUGUUGCCCUGCGUGCCAGCCCAGCCGCAGACGGUGCCGGAGCCAGCCUGCAGCACCCCGCCGGCCAGCUGGGAGAAGGAGAGCAGCCGACAGCCCCUCAGCCAGCCUUGGAUGCUGCAGGAGACGCCGCGGCUGCUGCAAGGUGUCCCGCCGGCCAGCUGGGAGGCGGAGAGCAGCCGGUAACGCCAGGCGGCGUGUGGCCUCUCCCCGGCGCCACGGAAGGUACCGGAGCCGGCCUGCAGCACCCCGCUGGCCAGCUGGGGGGAGGAGAGCAGCCGAAGGCCUCUCGGCCGGCCUUGGAUGCCGCAGGAGACGCCGCGACUGCUGCACGGUGUUCUGCCGGCCAGCUGGGAGGUGGGGAGCAGCCGGCAACGCCGGGCGGCGUGUGGCCUCUCCCCGGCGCCGCGAAGGAUACAGGAGCCAGCGCGGAGCAUCCCGCCGGUCAGCAACGCACCCCCAGCAUGGCCAUAGAAGGGGAGGAGGUGCACGUUACCAACCGCCUAGCUGAAAAGGACUGGCCAGCGGCUGAGCAAACAGACCUACCAUUAAGACUGAAAGCAGCGGACAUGGGGCAGCAGCAACAGACGGGCAGACGCUGGACUGCGGGGGGCGGGGCUGCACGGGAAACGGGGUUAGAGCACAAGGGUGGGGUUAUAAGGGUAAUCAACCGGAUGGUGGUUUGUGGGCGGAGGGCAGGGAUGUGGGCGUGGACAUACUAUAAAGAGCUCUGGGGACAAGCCAUUCCCAGUGCUGACUUUGUUAGUGAAUAAAAUUACUA